AAAUACUUUUUUUUUUUUUUUUGUUGCAGUUCUGAACCGCACCAAUCGCCAUGAACAUACAUGAUAACACAGUCAAGGCAGUCUCGACUGCAGAAAUCUUAAUAUUAAGAUCCGUUUCUUGCAUGCAUAACAGCCGAAGAGAUUUCAAAUCCAACCAGGCUCCAUACUUAUGAAGGUUUGCACAACUCCUUGCUGAAGAGACAUAUCUGACACAGUUAUAUACACUCUGUAUGGCAUCACGCAUGCAUGCUCAGGUUCUCAUCCCAUUCGGCCACGUCUCAGGAAAACCCGCGUGCUUCGAAUUGAUUGCCAAAACGACGUCUCUCUUGACUAACAUGUCAACAAGGUCCAGGUCUUCAAGUCGUGAGCAAUGGCAACCAUUCAUAUUGCCCAAGACAGGUUUUUUGCUGCUUACUUAUGGAGUAACUCAGCAAUAAUCUCACUGUUAUCGGUCUAUCAGAACAUGGUCAUCUGUUGGCGGUGAAUAUUUCUUGCUAUAUUCGCCCCAAGGACCCUCUUAAAGACAUUAGUACUCCUGGGAGGAGGUCGAGCGUAUAGAGCAAAUCUUGCAUUUUGACCUGGGAAUAAGCUGUCACUUCCCGGACUCUCAGUGCUAUGAUCAGCCUGUUAAGCUGACUUCACUGUGUCACCGUGUUGGGAUGUGCUGCAACAUCAAAUGUGAUGUGAAGAUCGCCGUUAUCUAGCUAUGUCUAUAAGUCCGUACGUCUAGACCAUGAGGCCAGACAGUCCAUAAUGAGGCUUUGUACCAUCUCUCCGUUGUCCACAGUAGUACUUAGGCUGGCUGAUUGUUUGUUGCUUCGUUGGCGAAUUACUCCAUGAGGCGAUAGAGCAAUCACGUGGGUGGACCAGCGCAAGAAUGACAACCAAGCAAGCCCGAGAGACAACUAUCGGGCCAGAGUUGAUCACGACGGCUUAAGCUUUCGCCUGGCAUCACUAUCUAUCCAAGUGCUUCGAGACCAGAAGGCUCUCCUCUUUCUCAGAGUGUCACAGGAGCAGCCUUGCUUAUAUGUGCACCUCGUCUGGGUCACGGAGAACCAUGAUAUACUGUCUCUCGUCGAACUGGGGUUGAUUCAUGCUGAGCGCAUAAGCUCCUUCAGGGGUAUUUUAAUUUCAUGAUCACUACUAUAUAUCUGUUCUUUGCGCGGUGCGUCUCCUUCCCUACUAUUUCAGUUUAUUAUGCGGAGAGAUAGGUCAUCUAACAUGAAGAGUGCAGACAUUGUAGUUGCGAUUAUUACAUAUACCGAAACGAUGUCCUCAUCGAAACACCUCUUUCUCAGUGACGAGGAGCUCGGAAAGAAAUAUGACGACCAUAACCAUCGCGACUCUAUAUACGGACUAUCAUUAGGGAGUUUCUGGAGACGCCUUCCGCGACGAAGGCGCAUCGCCUUGGUUUUCUUCGUUGCCUUCGUCGUUUUCAUAUUUUGCAAGCAUAUACCAACUCGAGUGGGAGAUGUCAGCCAAAGAUCGCAAUUGUUGGAUGAUCCAUGGUUGCGCCCAUCCGGUGAAACCAAUGUUGAAUCGGAGCCAGCUGAAAUAGACAGCACACAGGACGAGAAUGGCAUUAAAUAUUAUCGAGGACCUAUAGAUUUCGAGUCACUGUUUGAAUCGCUAUAUUCAACUCGUAGCUUGAAUUAUGAUGCAGAUCAGGAAUCUGUCAUCUUUGCAACUGGGCAACUGAAGUCACUGGGCGAUAUGCUCCCCGUCGCAUGCGACAUGGCCGCGAGAAAGCGGAGUACGGUCCAUUUAGCAAUUAUGGGACGAGACGAGAUCCCCCUUGCUGAUAUCCAGAGAGCUAAUGGAUUCAGAGAGGAGGAUUGCCCUGUAACAUGGCACGGUAUGCGAGUAUCAAACCUUCAUCCAACAUAGCCAUAUCAUUUAUCCUAAUUAUAUGAUUUUAGAUGCGCGACCAAUUCACGCAUCCACAUCUAGCCCCUGGCGCCUAGAGUUAAGCGUCAAGGCUGCUUUGGUGCACAUGUAUCGGAUCUUAGCUCCGCGAGCUGUCAUUACCCGUGACAUAGAAUUUGAGGAAGCCUUUUUUAUCAACGCAAUUGAGCUUCGGGCCUUUCAGCUGGGAAUAACGCAUAUCAGUUUACCCAGCUCGCUUUCUAAUUUUAAAUGGAUCGCGGAUUUGGAUGCCUUUUCUCUUGAAGGUACGAAAAUCAUUUAAAACUCCGAGUCCUAAGAUUUAUGUGUGGCAGCAGGGCUAAUUUGUGUAGCCUGGAAUGACGUGCAAACAGAAAUACUCAUUAAUGUCCAACCGAACUCUUCAGGGGGGCCCAGGAAACUGCUCAGAUCU